GUUUGAAGAUUUUGGAAGGCCGGAAGAGACUAAUUGGGUGUUUAUGUCUGACAAGCAAAAGGGGUUAGUUGGGGCCUUCAAGGCAGUUAAUCUCCAAAAUGAGCAUAGGUAUUGUGUGAAGCAUAUGUAUGAGAACUUCCGCAAAGUCUUCAGUGGUGGGGAGUACAAAAAGAAAUUGUGGUUAGCUGCGACUACAGGGAGCCUCAGAUCAUGGAAAAAGAGAAUGGAUGGGAUCAAAAACUUCGAUGAGGCUGCCUACCAGUGGUUAAUGCAGUAUCCUCCCAGUACUUGGAGUAGGGCUCAUUUUUCACCUCAUGCACAUUCUGAUGCUCUUCAAAACAACAUGUGUGAGUCAUUCAAUUCAUACAUUCUUAGAGCUAGAGGUAUGCCCAUUGUUAGCAUGUUUGAAUGGAUAAGGAAAAGACUGAUGAAGAGGUUUCAUGUGAAGUACACUGCGAUGAAAAAGUAUAAAGGUGAGAUUUGUCCAAAUAAACAGGAUCUCCUAGAGAAACUGAAGUUUGAAAGUAGGAAUUGCUAUGCCACCCCAGCUGGGGAUAACCUAUAUGAGGUUGAUUACUAUGAUACUAGUCAUGUUGUAAAUUUGAAAGACAAAACUUGCACAUGUCGAAUGUGGGAUUUAAAUGGAAUUCCCUGUAAGCAUGGAAUUUGUGCUAUAUUUGCUAAUAGAGAAAAACCAGAGACCUAUGUGAGCCCAUAUUACUCAAAAGCCACAUAUAUUGCUGUGUAUGAACACAUCAUUCACCCUGUGCCUAGUAAAGAAGAGUGGGAAACCACUGAUUAUCCUGACAUUAUUCCCCCAGUACCUAGAAAACCGGCUGGUAGGCCAAAAAAAAAAGAGAGUUAAAC